AUGUAUUGGGCCCGCCUUGUUCACCGGAUUCUGAUGGAGGAGAUCGAAACCGAAUUGGGCAGGUUCCUUACAACAGGGAUGGUUAAUUUUCAGGCCAUGCAAAUUACCUUGGCAAAUGUUUGGCACCCUAUUGGGGGAAUCUCAAUUUUUAAAUUGGGAGAUGAUCGUUUCUUGUUCCGGCUAUAUCAUGAGGUCGAUGUGGAUCGAUUGGAAUAUGAAGAUUCGCAUUUACUUAUUUUGCAUCGCUUGCAGGUAGGAGAAAAUCAGAUGCUGGUAGCGUUGGAGAAGGUAGACUUUUGGAUCAUAGUCAAUGACUUAAUCGUGGGAUAUAUUUUGGAACAAGUAGCGCAACAGUUUGGACAUUUCCUUGGUUCCUUUAUUGAAUAUGAUGCCUCUGUUGUUACUCUGGGGUAUAAAGGUUCUAUUCGGAUUAGGGUUAAAGUUGACAUUCAGAAGCCCUUGAGGAGGAAGAAGAAGCUUUCGUUGGCAAAUGGGUCAUUUGCUUAUGUCUCUUUCCAAUACGAGAAGCUUCGUCUCUUCUAUUUUUUGUGGAAAGUUAGGUCAUGGUGA